GCGCUGGGGAUGGAACCUGGGCCCUGGAGCCUCAGGCAGCAGAGCCCUUGGCAGAGGCCCUGUGCUGUCCCCCAGCCCCACCACCUGAUUGUCUCCAUUUCUAGAAGUUCCUGCACAACUGAGUCCCGUGGGUAGUGGGCAUGGUCCUGCCAACCACCCCCCAUGGCAGGGCAGCGGGAAGAGGGUCUCUGAGGAGACGGCUUCACCCACGUGGCCCCAAGAAGACACCACAGAGAGGCAACAGGACAGCCAGGGUGAGGACGGGUGCAGGAAGCAGGUUUAUUUGCUCACAGGAGGUGUAGGGGGGGGCUCAGUCAGGACGGGGGGCACUGGCCGAGCCCUGGUCCCUGCCCCACUCAGAGGAUGCCUGAGACCACUUCUCAUCCUCUGGGGCAGAGUCCAGGGGCACAGCCAGGACCUGUGCAGAGGGACAGCAGGCGGCACAGCUGGCAGAGCCGGGCUCAGCAGCAGGACGGGGUCCCACAGGACACGGGCUUGCAGAGCAGGGCAGAGCGGGAUGGCUGGCAGCACCCGGAGGACUGGCAGGAGGACUGGCAUAGGCUGGACACACAGCAGGAGGAGGGGGCACAGGGUGCAGGGCUGCAGAGCAGGGAGGGCUGGCAGCACCCAGAGGACUGGCAGGAGGGCACCACGCACAGCACCGGCCUACAGCUCACGGGGACGCAGCAGGACGCCUGGCAGGGGCUGGGCACACAGCAGGAAGAGGGGGCACAGGACACGGGGCUGCAGAGCAGGGAGGGCUGGCAGCACCCAGAGGACUGGCAGCACCCAGAGGACUGGCUGCAGGGCUGGCAGCACCCAGAGGACUGGCAGCACCCAGAGGACUGGCAGGAGGGCACCACGGACAGCACCGGCCUGCAGCUCACGGGGACGCAGCAGGACGCCUGGCAGGGGCUGGACACACAGCAGGAGGAGGGGGCACAGGGCACGGGGCUGCAGAGCAGGGAGGGCUGGCAGCACCCAGAGGACUGGCAGCAGGGCUGGCAGCACCCAGAGGACUGGCAGCACCCAGAGGACUGGCAGGAGGGCACCACGCACAGCACCGGCCUGCAGCUCACAGGGACGCAGCAGGACGCCUGGCAGGGGCUGGACACACAGCAGGAGGAGGGGGCACAGGGCACGGGGCUGCAGAGCAGGGAGGGGCUGCAGAGCAGGGAGGGCUGGCAGCACCCGGAGGACUGGCAGGAGGGCACCACGCACAGCACCGGCCUGCAGCUCACGGGCACACCACCUCCACCCUCACCCUCCACAGCACCCAGCACCCAGCACCCAGCACCCAGCAUGUGUCACACCAGCUGCUCCUCAGGCUGCCAGCCCUCCUGCUGUGUGUCCAGCCCCUGCCAGGCAUCCUGCUGUGUCCCCGUGAGCUGCAGGCCGGUCCUGUGUGUGGUGCCCUCCUGCCAGUCCUGCUGCCAGUCCUCUGGGUGCUGCCAGCCCUCUGGGUGCUGCCAGCCCUGCUGCCAGUCCUCUGGGUGCUGCCAGCCCUCCCUGCUCUGCAGCCCCGUGCCCUGUGCCCCCUCCUCCUGCUGUGUGUCCAGCCCCUGCCAGGCGUCCUGCUAUGACCCCGUGAGCUGCAGGCCGGUGCUGUGCGUGGUGCCCUCCUGCCAGUCCUCUGGGUGCUGCCAGUCCUCUGGGUGCUGCCAGCCCUGCAGCCAGUCCUCUGGGUGCUGCCAGCCCUCCCUGCUCUGCAGCCCCGUGCCCUGUGCCCCCUCCUCCUGCUGUGUGUCCAGCCCCUGCCAGGCGUCCUGCUGCGUCCCCGUGAGCUGCAGGCCGGUGCUGUGCGUGGUGCCCUCCUGCCAGUCCUCCGGGUGCUGCCAGUCCUCUGGGUGCUGCCAGUCCUCUGGCCAGUCCUCUGGGUGCUGCCAGCCCUCCCUGCUCUGCAGCCCCGUGCCCUGUGCCCCCUCCUCCUGCUGUGUGUCCAGCCCCUGCCAGGCGUCCUGCUGCGUCCCCGUGAGCUGCAGGCCGGUGCUGUGCGUGGUGCCCUCCUGCCAGUCCUCCGGGUGCUGCCAGUCCUCUGGGUGCUGCCAGUCCUCUGGCCAGUCCUCUGGGUGCUGCCAGCCCUCCCUGCUCUGCAGCCCCGUGCCCUGUGCCCCCUCCUCCUGCUGUGUGUCCAGCCCCUGCCAGGCGUCCUGCUGCGUCCCCGUGAGCUGCAGGCCGGCGCUGUGCGUGGUGCCCUCCUGCCAGUCCUCUGGGUGUUGCCAGUCCUCCUGCCAGUCCUCUGGGUGCUGCCAGCCCUCCCUGCUCUGCAGCCCUGCACCCUGUGCCCCCUCCUCCUGCUGUGUGUCCAGCCCAUGCCAGUCCUCCUGCCAGUCCUCCGGGUGCUGCCAGCCGUCCCGCUCUGCCCUGCUCUGCAAGCCCGUGUCCUGUGGGACCCCGUCCUGCUGCUGAGCCCGGCUCUGCCAGCUGUGCCGCCUGCUGUCCCCCUGCACAGGUCCUGGCUGUGCCCCUGGGCUCUGCCCCAGAGGAUGAGAAGUGGUCUCAGGCAUCCUCUGAGUGGGGCAGGGACCAGGGCUCGCCCAGUGCCCCCCGUCCUGACUGAGCCCUCCCCUACACCUCCUGUGAGCAAAUAAACCUGCUUCCUGCACCCGUCCUCA